AUGUCCAUUUCCAACGAAGCUCUCCAAAAGCUGGUCCGUGAGAUCGAAGCCCAGUCGAUCGCGGCUCAGCAACAAAUCGGUCUCGUCCGCACCCAGCAGGCGUCCAAGCAGCGUGAGAUGCGUCUGGCUCAGCUCACACGGAAUGAGCUCGCCACGUUGCCGGAGAGCACUGCCGUGUAUGAGGGUGUCGGAAAGAUGUUCGUCUCAGUCCCCGUCCCAGCACUCAAGGACAGACUAGGCACCGAGAUGAAGGAGAUGGAGACCGAGGUGGAGAACCUGGGCAAGAGGUUGCACUACCUCGAGACGACAGCGAAGAACAGCAUGGAGCACAUUGAGAAGAUGCUCAAGGGUAGCGGGCAGGCUUGA